GACUCAUAAAUCUUAUCCUCCUUGGAAACAUUUUCUGCUUAUCAUUUUGAUCUAUUGAUAUCCACGUGCUUGGAAUACCCGCACGCCAAUGGUUGAUGCUUUUUCCACUACAAAUACUCUUUGGUGGAAGCAUAGACUCAUAAAUCUUAUCCUCCUUGGAAACAUUUUCUGCUUAUCAUUUUGAUCUAUUGUGGCCAUUAUGGUCUCUUUAAUGCCAUGCCUUUUCAUUCUCAUCUUCAUUCUGACAAUCACUCACACAUAUUGUAGCAAUGAUCGCAAGACUUACAUUGUGUACAUGGGUGAUCAUCCUAAGGGCAUGGACCCUGCAUCUUCACCUUCUCUUCACAUGGCCAUGGCUCAAAAAGUUCUUGGCAGCAGUUCUGAACCAGGAGCUAUACUUCACAGCUACAAGAGCUUUAAUGGAUUCGUCAUGAAGUUAACAGAAGAGGAGAAAGAAAGAAUGGCAGAAAUGGACGAUGUUAUCUCCGUUAUACCAAACAGCAAGUACAAUCUUCACACAACAAAAUCGUGGGACUUUAUAGGAUUUCCCCAAAAAGUUACAAGAGCAAGUAUGGAGAGUGACAUAAUAGUUGGAGUACUAGACACUGGAAUUUGGCCAGAAUCAAAAAGCUUCAGUGACGAAGGAUUUAGCCCUCCACCAAAAAAAUGGAAGGGAUCCUGCUAUAACUUUACCUGCAACAACAAACUAAUUGGAGCAAAAUACUUCAACAUCGAAGGUUUAUAUUUUAAAAAUGACAUCAAAUCUCCUAGAGAUACAAAUGGCCACGGGUCACAUUGCACCUCCACCGUUGCCGGAAACCUAGUCACUACAAGCCUUCUCGGCUACGCCUCUGGGACAGCCCGCGGAGGAGUGCCGUCGGCCCGCGUCGCGAUGUACAAAGUAUGCUGGGAAAGCGGUUGUCGCCAGGCAGACAUCCUUGCUGCUUUGGAUGCAGCAAUUGUUGAUGGUGUUGAUGUGCUCUCUCUUUCACUCGGAGAUACUGGAACUGCACCUGACUAUUUUGAAAAUGGACUUAACAUUGGAAGCUUCCAUGCAAUGCAAAGAGGCAUAUUUGUUGCAAAUGCUGCCGGUAAUUCUGGCCCUUUUCUAUACUCUAUGACAAAUUUUCCACCAUGGAUGCUUUCAGUGGCUGCUAGCACUUUUGACAGAAAGUUUGUUACCAAGGUGCAGUUGGGCAAUGGUGUUGUUUAUGAGGGGUCUACAAUCAACACAUUUGAUCUCAACAAGAAAAAGUUUCCACUGAUUUUUGCUGGGGAUAUACCCAACAUUGUGGGUGGAUUUAACAGUUCGAAAUCCAGGAUUUGCUCAGAGAACUCUGUGGAUAAAAGUGCAGUGAAGGGGAAGAUCGUUGUGUGUGAGAAAAUUGAGGAACCAAAGAAAAUUGGAUUUUUCUCUGGCGCGGCUGGGGUUAUAUUUGGAGGUGUUUCCCCAAAAGAUCUUCCAACCAGUUUUGCCCUGCCUGCAACGUUCCUUAGUCGAGGGAACAUUAGAAAUGUACUAUUAUACAUGGAAGCAACAAGUAAUCCAACAGCCACAAUAUUGAAGAGUGAUGAAGUCAACAAUACAUUAUCCCCUUAUGUGGCUGCGUUCUCAUCAAGAGGUCCAAAUCCAAUCACACCAAACAUUCUCAAGCCUGAUAUUGCAGCACCAGGGGUGACAGUGUUAGCUGCAUGGUCUCCCCUUAACCCCAUUUCAGAAGUUGAAGGUGACAAAAGAAAACUGCCAUACAAUGCAAUCUCCGGCACUUCAAUGGCAUGUCCUCAUGCUGCUGCGGCAGCCGCAUAUGUCAAAUCAUUUCACCCCAAUUGGUCUCCUGCCAUGAUCAAGUCUGCAUUAAUGACCACCGCUACUCCAAUGAAUUCUGCUCUUAAUCCUGAAGCUGAAUUCGCGUAUGGCGCGGGGCAAAUUAAUCCUGUUAAGGCAGUAAAUCCUGGUUUAGUAUAUGAUAUUACCGAACAAGAUUAUGUCCAGUUCCUAUGCGGAGAGGGUUAUACCGAUACUUUGCUACAAAAUCUUACUCAACACAAGCGUAGUUGCUUUGGAGAUCCUCAAAAGAGAGCUGCAUAUAACUUGAACCUCCCAUCAUUUGCCGUUUAUCAUGGUGAUGUUGGGGUUUUCCCUCGCGUUUUUCGCAGAACAGUUACAAAUGUUGGCUCAGCAAAUUCUACUUAUAAAGCGACGGUUAUAACUCCAUCCUUGUUGGAAAUUCAAGUGAAACCUGAUGUUCUGUCCUUCACAUCUAUAGGCCAGAAAAAAUCAUUCUCGGUUGUGGUUGAAGGGUUCCUCACUGUGAAUGUAAUCUCUGCUACUUUGGUUUGGGAUGAUGGAAAUUUUCAAGUUAGAAGCCCAAUUGUGGUGUACAAACAGGGGUGACAAAAAUACCUGGACCUGCAUGUACCCGUGGGUAAAUACCUGCACGGGUAAUAGGACCCGCGAGUCCGGGUACCCGCGGGUAGACUAAAGUUUCAGUGACCUCCAUGUGUGUGACUCAAGAAAAAGAAUAGCAAAUAAGGGAAGCAUGCUAAUGUUGUUAGCUUAGUUUGUAAUAAGAGGCAUGAACCAGUAAGCUUGGAUGUUUCUACAUCAUGCUAUUUUAUGGUUUAUUUAAUUUGGAUCUUCAUUUGUGUUGAAGUUGAUCAUUACAUGAAAAUUGGAGAAAUUGUUCAAUUAAUGCCAUUGGAAUAAAUGGUAUCAAAAGAAAUUAUAUACUUCUGAUGUUUCAUUUC